UCUUAAGUGGCGACUUGAGAGAGAGAGAGAGAGAGAGAGAGGGAGAGCAUGAGACCAGUGAUCCCAAUCUAGACCACUAAAGCGCCGCCCCACAUGGCUUCGCUGCCGUUGGGACCACCGCCGCCAGGCCACGACGCUGCCGCCGCCGACGCCGCCCUCACCCUCGCUCCACCUGAAAUGGCCGACAAGAAGGAGAGUGAACCAGUAACUGGUCAUAUCAUCUCCACCACCAUCGGAGGCAAGAACGGUGAACCAAAACAGACAAUUAGCUACAUGGCUGAGCGUGUUGUAGGGACUGGCUCAUUUGGAGUAGUCUUCCAGGCCAAAUGCUUGGAAACGGGAGAAACAGUUGCCAUAAAGAAGGUUUUACAGGACAAAAGAUACAAAAAUCGUGAGCUGCAACUGAUGCGCUCAAUGGAUCAUCCAAAUGUUAUCUGUCUUAAGCAUUGUUUCUUCUCCACUACAAGCAGAGAUGAGCUUUUCCUUAACCUAGUUAUGGAAUAUGUCCCUGAAUCUUUGUAUGGCGUCCUAAGGCAUUUCAGUAAUGUGAAUCAGAGGAUGCCACUUAUCUAUGUCAAGCUGUACACAUAUCAGAUAUUUAGAGGGCUGGCUUAUAUCCAUACUGUUCCAGGAGUUUGCCAUAGAGAUGUGAAGCCACAGAAUGUUCUGGUUGACCCUCUUACUCACCAAGUCAAAUUAUGUGAUUUUGGAAGUGCAAAAAUUCUGGUUAAGGGUGAAGUGAACAUAUCUUAUAUUUGUUCUCGCUAUUACCGUGCUCCGGAGCUUAUUUUUGGUGCAACUGAAUAUACAACAUCAAUUGAUAUAUGGUCAGCAGGUUGUGUUCUUGCUGAGUUACUUAUUGGCCAGCCACUGUUUCCUGGUGAAAGUGCUGUCGAUCAGCUCGUCCAGAUUGUCAAGGUUCUUGGAACUCCAACGCGCGAGGAAAUUCGGUGCAUGAAUCCUAGCUAUACAGAGUUCAGGUUUCCACAGAUAAAAGCUCAUCCAUGGCAUAAGAUUUUCCACAAGCGAAUGCCUCCCGAAGCUAUAGAUCUUACGUCACGCCUUCUCCAAUACUCCCCAUGUUUUCGUUGCUCUGCACUGGAAGCAUGUGCCCAUCCCUUCUUUGAUGAGCUACGAGAACCUAAUGCGCGAUUGCCAAAUGGUCGCCCUCUGCCUCCUCUUUUCAACUUUAAUCAAGAAUUGGCUGGAGCAUCACCAGAGCUUAUUAACAAAUUGAUUCCAGAACAUGUGAGGCGGCAAUCUGGUCUCGGUUUCUUGCAUCCAGCCGGAACAUAAACUCAUAACACUUCCGAAGUGUGGUUCUCAGAAGAUAGACGGCCCUUGUAUUGUUCAUUUCAUGUCCAUGAGAAAGUUUAGGAAAAAGAUGGCUCACUUGAUGGAAGCUGACAAGGCAUAGCUUCUGGACUGUUUAGGUGGGUCCCUAGCCGAUGCUCCUAUAAACUUGUGACUCUUUGAGUGUUAAGAUAUAUGACUAGAGGGCAGGGUGCAGGUUUCUUUGCAGUGUUGUUUGGCUGAUACAUUUCUGUUCUCAAUGAUUAGCCUGGUUAUCUUGGUUUCUAUUUAAUAGUACUGGAGGAUGGUAAUUUUAAGGUGGUUGGAUGUAGUAGCCUGUUGUGUAAAUGUAAUACCUGAUUCAUAGUUUGGAUGGUGUGGAGCUGGAAACUGGGAAAUCCAUGUAUCACCCCAAUUUAUAUUGUAUCUUCGACCACUGCUUCGAGUCUGAUGACUGCUAA